AUGCUGGGUUGCACCGGUUGCGUUAUAUCGCCUAAUAAUGAUUGGAAUGCUGCAGGCGGCUCCACCCGACCAGGAAACCCUGGAAAACCCCAGACUGCAGCGUCUGUCUCACUUUCCUCCCCUGCCACCUGCAUUUUUCUGCGCCCACCAACUCCGGUCACCCGUAAGCUUGAGCUGAAAGUUGCCACCAUCAAGUGCUUGGUCUGUUUCCAAGGUACACAUAUUCUGCGUAGUGGACUAGAACAUCCACUUACUACGUCGUUGGAGCCGAUGCGGAGGCCAAGCUUCGUGCUUGGGAAACAAGCAACAGGCCAAGCAACGAGUGGAUGGGUCUUGGAGCCACUGAGCGGUCAUGCCGUCCAUGGGACUGGCCUCGAUAGUAGAAGGUCCUUCUGA